AUGGCUUAUGAAUUUCCAUACUUGGCAUCACUUCGUUAUGCAGGACAUAAUUUUUGUUCAGGUACAAUUAUUAGUUCAAAACAUGUAUUAACUGCUGCACAUUGUAUGUACAAUGAGAGUGAUACCGACUUGAUUAAUCCACGUCAUAUAACUAUUGUUGUUGGUUCAAAUUUUGCUAUUAUUAACAGUGAAUAUGUUAAUAACGAUAUUGCAAUAAUGAGAACAAAAACACCAAUAAUUUUUAAUGAUGUUAUUAAAAUUGUUGAAUUGCCAACAAUAAAUAUCGAAACAAUACCAGUUGUAUUUAAUAAUUUUAUUAAAACUAUGUAUUUACCUGUUAAAUUACCUGGCUGGGGAAGUAGAAGUUGUCAGAAAACAGAAGCAAUAUUUUUAUCAAAAAUAGGAACAAAUAUUAUAAGUAACGAAAAAUGUGCUGAAUAUCAUAGAAAUAUUCACAUUGGACCAGAAAAAAUUUGUACAUAUCAUAACAUAAAUCAUUGUCCAUCUUAUGGUGAUAGUGGGAGUCCAUUGAUUUACAAGAAUCAAAUUAUUGGAAUUUUGUCGAUGGGUCAUCCUGAAUUACCAGAUGCACCAGAUAUUUAUACACGUGUUUAUUCUUAUUUAAUAUGGAUUAGAAAAGUAUUUCCAUAUAUUGUUGCACUUCGUGAUGAAACAAUGGAAUACAGAUGUGCUGGUGCUAUUCUUGAUGAAUAUCAUAUAAUAACAGCAGCUCAUUGUCUCUUUUAUCCAGAUCACAGUCUUAAAUCUGUAAAUCAAAUAUUUUUUACUGUUGGAACAAAUAUCAAUAUUGUCGCUGAUCCACGUGAAUUAUAUCAAAGUCGAAGUGCAUUUAUUCCCAUGAAUUAUGUACCAAUUGAAUUUAAUGCCAAUACUCAACCAGUUGAUUUGCCAACUGAAGAUGUUACUGAAAAUACAAGAGUCAUACUUUCUGGAUGGGGUAGUGAAGGUUGUACAGCAGUCAUGUCAUUCUUUUUAAAAAAAAUUGAAUUAACUGUUACAAAUAAAACCUUGUGUGAUUUUUAUCAAUAUAUGAAUUACAAUGGUGAUUCAGACGGAAUGUUUUGUGCUGUUCAUCAUUUGGGAGCUUGUCCAUCGUUUGGUGACAGUGGAGGUCCACUGGUUGAUGGAAACACUCUCAUCGGUAUUGUUUCAAGUGGUAUGCCCCAAUUUUCGGAAGGACCUUCUUUCAAUAGUAAAGUCUACAAUCAUCUUAGUUGGAUUGAUCGAGUCAGAAAAUUCGCACCUCCAAGACUUGGUUGUGGAGGAGGUGAUCCAAAUCCUGUAUUUCGAAUGUACUAA